AUGGCUUCCGCACGUUUCUUGUUUGCAACCUCUGUGCUUCUUUUGUCACUUCUAGUUAUUGUCACUGCAAACGAUUAUGGAUCUGCUCCAAAACCAGACUAUAACCCACCAAAACCCCAAGCAAAUUAUAAUCCUGAUCUCCCCAAAAUACCAGAUUAUGAGAAACCAAAACCCGAAGGAAAUUAUAAGCCUGAUCUCCCCAAAAUACCAGAUUAUGAGAAACCAAACCUUCCAGGAGGAAAGGAUGAGCUACUGCCAACAAUCUUCGAUAUUCAAGGGCUUGUUUUAUGCAAAUCAGGCUCCCAGUACUUCCCACUUAAAGGAGCUGUGGCAAGGAUAACAUGUGUGGCUGUUGAUGAGAAUGGGUACAAGACUGCUCCUUUCUCAAUUUUGAGUAAUAGAUGUGAUGAGAAUGGCUACUUCUUUGCAACAUUAUCUCCUUAUUCUAGCCUUGUAGAAAAUAAGAAGAUUAAGGAAUGCAAGGCAUUCCUAGAUUAUUCUCCACUGGAUACUUGUAAAAUUCCUACCGACGUUAACCACGGUAUUAGUGGUGGUCUCCUUUAUUCUUACCGCAUCCUCAACGAAAAGAAUAUGAAAUUAUAUUCUGUUGGGCCUUUCUUCUACACCUCGGAAACUCAAUCAGUCCCUAAUGGUUACUAG